GAAAUUCGUAUGAUAAGUUGAUAACUUAAGAAGAAACUUAUAAGUGAGAGUAGCUGUAAACCCACAUUUUGCUAAUAGCAAUACAAAAUGUGGGAAGAUAUUCAUGUUGGAUUUGGAGAUGAAACAGUUAACUUUGGCCCACGGGAAGAAGUCUGGACAGGUCCACAAGUUUUUGAAAUACAUACCUGGAUCACAGUUUCAACUAUAAACAAGGAGAGAACUACACCCAGUAUUUUCUGUGCAACAUCUCCUCAAUAUAUAGGCUUAGCUGUUGAUACUCAGUUGUCCUUGUUUGUUCAAGAAAGUCAUGAGCUGUUAGUAACAUUUACUUUUGACUCGUUGUUGACACUCUGACAUUUAGCGAAGACUCCAAGUUGUUGCUGGUUGGAGAAAGGGUUGGCUCUGUGCACAUUUUUGAUGUUGCCCAACAAACAAGAUUGCUUGCUGUGCCUCUUGUUUUGUGUGAAGAUGAAAGGGAAGAGCAGACGUUUUUGUCUAUUACUAUUACACCUGUUGAUGCUGAAGGUUGCAUAACUAUUAUGAUUUUAACGAAGCUUCAGUUAAUCACUUUUUGCAACAUAAAAUUUGCACAGCUAGAAGAAGCUAUUAAAUCUCAGGACCAAACAUUAAUGCAGAAGGCCCAAGCUGCAUUUCAGAAAGAACUAUACAACUUUCCUGAGCACUUCAGUCCCUCUGAUUGUUGUAGUGUUAUCAGUUGUAACAAAGUAGCUGAUGCAGUAGGGGUGGGUUACGGCCAAUUUGGAAUGUGGCUAAACAAGCAUCUUAAUGUAAAGCCUGAAAUAUUUUUGCCAAGCUCUUGUUUCCUAGGUCAAGGAGGAAAGAAAGUUCAGUCAUCCGCUGAUGGACGUUACUUAAUUGUUUUGGACUGUGAGAAAAAAAUCAACAUUUUGUGCAGUGUGACGCUAUUAUUGAUUGACAGCUUUGAAGAAUUUAUAGUGGAAGACUUUGAACUUGUAGAAACAAGUAAUUCUGAAAGUGGAGAAGUUCUAGAUAGUUGUAUUGCAGUGUUGACUAGACGGGAAGAUGGAGCAGCUCGAAUCCUUCAACUUUUAUCGUUCCCAUUCUUUGAACUUCAAUACUCCGUUAGUUUAUCAGAGUGCUCAAUAUUAGCUCGUGGCUUUCAGAACCAGGGACUUGGGUGAUGGUAUAUCUUCACUCAGAGUUCGAGCCGUAUGUGAAGCAUCACCAGAAACUCGAUUAACAAAGCUUAUCAACAAACGAAAAUUUGAAGAAGCUUUAGAUUUUGCUAGAAAAUGGGACCUUGAUUUACAGGUG